AUGUCCCCGCCCAGCGAUUCCUCAUACUGUCGUCGCUCAAGGUUACAUCUUUUCCUCAUACUACCUGCCCUCUUCACGCUCGCUCGUUCGCAAUGCUACAACGCCAACGGCACUGUAGCAACCGAUCCCGAUUAUGCACCCUGCAGCAACUCGACCUCAGAUCCCCUCCACACCAUCUGCUGCUCGCUCAACCGCGAUAACCCGCCGGGCGGGGAUCCCAGCGUCGCUGGGUUCACGCGAGAUGAGUGCUUGGCGAAUGGUAUAUGCCAGAACAAAUGGUCGCAGAAUGGAGGCCAUACGACCAGUUAUUUUAGAGAGAAAUGCACGGAGAAGGACUGGAGUACGGGAUUGUGUCUGGACGUGUGUACGGAUUCGGUCGAUGACGCAGGAAAUUCAUACAUGACACCGUGCGAUGGGACGCCUACGUCGGAAAAGUGGUGCUGCGGCAUGACGGACAGCUGCUGCGACACAGAUGCUGUUCUUCUACCUAGGACCUUUGGCGCCGCGCUCUCCUCUACUUCUACCUCUGCUUCCGUGGCUACUUCAUCUUCAUCUUCCGCCACGACUCUCGCUUCAUCCGCAUCAUCGCCCACCUCGGAACCUACAGCAUCCCCAACCCUCUCCCCUUCCCCUUCCCCCAGCACUUCCGCCGAAGCCAACGCCGACGCCACCACCCAGCCCUCCUCUUCCACCGGCCUCUCCGCCGGCGCAAAGGCCGGGGCCGCGAUUGGUGCCAUAGCAGGCGUAGCCGCCUUUUUCAGCAUAGGAUACCUAAUCGCAAGGCGGCGACACGGCUGGACUUCUUGGAGAUCGGGACACGCUGGCGUGCACGAGAAGGGGGUUUCGGAAGGAAACCAUGACAAUGGGUACUACCCUCCGCCGGUGAAGGAUGUGACUUAUCACAUGGCGGCGGCGGAGAUCCAGGAGCUGGAUGGCGGCAAUGUGGCUGCUGAAGCGCCGAGUGGGGAGCGCUGGAAGAGUCAGGAGCUACCGUAG